AUGACCACUUCCACAUCGCUACGAGCGAGUGGAUCGGUUACCAUGGGUGGCGACCAGUUAGGCGCUGCUAUUCACUGCCCUGUUUUGACCACGGCCAUGCCAUGCAGUACGCUUCACCACCCUUGUAGCACAUCACAGGGACCCCGGUUGUAUUCAAAACGAGAUCACUGCAACAAGACUGUGGAAAUCUAUGAAGAUGUGUCGUCACCUCCGGUCACGCCGGAAAACUUCGGACGUCCACUCACGUGUACAUAUAGGUUUAGAGCAUUUCGAGGGUCACCAAAAGACUGGAUUCUACGAAUACGUUUCAAGAAGUUCAAAGUAGGCACUUUGAUUAAUGGCACUACAUGUCAUAAGGGAUAUAUGCAGAUAGUUGACGGCAAUGCAAAGACUGACGUCUCAAACCGCAAGGAGCCGGGUCUCUUCUGUGGCGAGAUAGAACAACCGCAAACUUUCAUAUCGGAGACAAACUUCGUCAAAAUUGUCUUCCAUGCGGAUAACUUUACAGAUCAGACUUACUUUAGCUUUGAUUCUAGGGCGGAGCAGCAAUUUGAAGUAUAUCUGAGAUAUGGACAACAUCCGGAGUUAUAUCCUAACCGUAGAGGCGAAGUUGUUGCUGGAUCAUACUGCGAGCGGGUCUUCAGGGACUGUCGACUUCAGACGUGCUACGUGCAGUCAGCCGCCUACCCUGGGGUAUAUCCUAGGAAUCUGCACUGCAGAUACCACUUAAACACGAGACUGCCUUACAUAAAGUUAUAUAUAGAGAAUGAGGAGUUCAACAUAGAUGGUCAGAGAUGCGAGAAUAUAAUGACCUGUCCCAUGAGGCCUAUAACCUCAGGUUCGGAAAACUGUCCAUAUGAUUACAUAAGGAUUUAUGACGGAAAAGACGAGUCAGCUUCUGUGAUCGGUACUUUCUGCGGUAUGGGCAAGUUCCCGUACUCCAUCAUUGGGACAUCACAAGACCUAUUUGUGGAGUUCGUUAGUUCACCAGCAGGUCCCUUAUUGAACACUGGCUUCCAUUUCAACGUGGGGAACUGGCCAGGUCACGUGGAAGCCCCAGGAUCGAAAAUCGGAAACUGUGACUGGCUCCUGACAGCGGAGUCCCUGAAGAGAUCUGGCGACACGGAAGGGAUAUUUCUCUCCGUGGCCCACUGGUAUCCUCCCCAUACAUCCUGCACGUAUCUGAUGCAAGGUUUCCCCGGACAAGUGGUUAGGCUCUAUUUCCCAAGCUUUCGGAUUAACCGCAUAGAAUCACCAAUAGUUCCAUGGACGGGUGACUGUGGGGAGUCCCUGACUCUGUAUGAUGCAGCUCGUCCUGACGAUGCGAAAAUCAUUAAGACCUUUUGCGACACCUUUAGUAGACCAAUGGAGAAGCAUGACUUUGUGUCUACUGGAAAUGCUAUGUUUGUCAGAUUUGAGAGCAAGACUGGUAGUUACAGUGGGUCGUCCCUCUACUACUGGGCUCACUAUGACUUCUUCAACAACACACGCUUCGGUGAGCCAGUAAGCGGAACUGCAUGUGACGAGGUCAUUGCCUCCUGGAAGCAACGAGCUGGCAGACUCCGUUCACCACUCAACACCUUAGUUUACAAACAGGCUCCACCGGGUGAAGACGUCCAUUGUUUGUACAGAUUUGUCACAGACAAGAGAAUCUAUGCUAGAGUUAUUGUGACUAUAUUAAGCGUGAAUUUUAAGGAACAUCCUUACACCCCCGUUUCGUGUCAGAAUUGUUACGAAGACAGAGCUGACAAGUUAAUCAUCUGGGAACCAUUCCCCACCGGCAGAGCUGCCAACCUUUCACUCGGAAUGACGACAACACCCCUUCCCCUACACUUGGCUGUCCAACGCUCCAUCGGCUCAUGUUUGUGCGCGAAACACGCAAACACUGUGACCCGUUCCAGGCCGUAUAGGGUUGUGUCUUCUGGGGAAUCGCUGAACUUACAAUUGAUCGUUGACAAUGCGCAUGCUGCCGCUUCCUAUUUUAAAAAUCCUUCUCCUCUCUUCGAAGCCAGAUAUGAGUUUGUUCACGGACCCCUCUGUGGACCAGCGGUAUUAGCUGCUGCCUCAGAUGGCGAAAUCGUGUACCCACAUCUGGAAGCAUUGGGCUAUACGGAACCACCAAAGAGGAUCCAAUGUAUUUGGGAUCUUGAAAUUGAGGAAAAAAGGGAUAUUUGGUUACAUUUCGACAGCAUCAAAUUCGCGUCUCGACACUGCGAUGAUGGAAACAUACAGAUAUAUCUACCUGGAAGAGUAGAACCCUACCUAUCAGUUUGUGGAGAAAACGUUUCGUUAGCUCGCGAACUACCAAUACUUUCGGCUGGUGAACUUGGUUUCGAAUCUUUAGACGAUCCUCUGGUUAUGGAAAAAGAGAAGACAAGGUCUAUCCGAAUCGUAUUUAUUGGAAGUGCAUCACCAGCGCGUGCAGCUUUCAAAAUUGCUUGGACUGGUUUGUACCAUUUACCAAAAAACUCCGACGGGACACUAAUGACAUCGCGUUUGACUGAUAGCGGUUCAUAUGCACCUGACGGACACAAUUGUGAUUUCAUAUGUCCGGGAGAAGAAGCACUGUGUAUUCCUGCUAGAUUGAUUUGUAAUGGAGUCGUGAAUUGCCCAAAUGUAACCAGUGGUGAGAGAAGGUAUUGGACGGCUGAAGAAAAACGAGCGAGAGAAGCUUAUUCAGAAGAUAGCUUGCGCAGACUUGGGUAUUUGGAUGCAUUGACUGGAGAACUGGGCAAGCUACAUGAUGAAGCUCCAGAACUAUGCACAGGAGCUCAUAUGGCUGGGAGCGGAGAUUGGAUGGCACCUGUAUUAGGAGCAGCACUAGCAAUCGCGAUUAGCGUUUGUGCUCUUGGAGCUGCUUGGCGACUCUGCUGCCGCAAGCGCUCCCCAGACGAGGAGUCCUUGGAUUACUGA